AUGUCGAAAGCGAAAUACCUUACCAAAUUGGAUCUGAGCAAGGGCUAUUGGCAAAUUCCAGUAGCCACUGGAGAUAUUCCUAAAACAGCGUUCGUGACCCCCGACGGUUCAUAUGAAUUCGUCAGAAUGCCUUUCGGGAUAAUGAAUUCUGGCGCGACUCUGGUGCGAGGUAUUAGGAAGUUGUUGGAUAAUCUCGAUGAAGCUGACAGCUACAUCGAUGACAUUAUUAUCUACACGGAGACGUGGGAACAACAUCUCGUCGUGCUUGACGAAGUGUUCAGUAGACUUGCCAGCGCGGGUUUCAUGGCGAGACCGACGAAGUGUGUCCUAGGAGCUGAAUGUAUCGAAGUGGUCGGUCACCGAAUAUCUGAUGGAGUCAAGGGGCUCCACGAAGACAACGUGAAGAAGAUUAGAGAUACAAAGCGACCGAGAACGAAGAAAGAAGUUAAAGCAUUUUUUGGCCUUACUGGUUAUUACAGGGAGUUCAUUCCAAAUUACGUGGCGAAGGCGGUUCCGUUGUCAGACCUGAGCAAGAAGGGACACCCAAACCAAGUCGUAUGGUCCGACGCACAAGAAAAGGCCUACAGCGCACUGAAAACAGAGCUUACGAGUUUCUCCAACUGCCUGAUAACACGAAACCAUUUACACUGA